CCAGCGAAUGAGCUCCAUCAGCGGUGAUUCAGCGAAUCCUCGCCCAGCUUCAGGCCCUCCUCCUCGGCUGCAGACAGACGUGUGACUCGCAGCUCUCGGUAUGGAGGUUCGGCGGUGCAGCUCAGUGAGCAGAGCGGUGUUUGGGGUGUUCUGCGCGGCGUUGCUGCUGCUGCAGGCCGCGGCGGGGGUCCGCGGGGACGCGGGAGAGGGGAAGCGGGAGCAGGAGUGCUAUAACUACGCGGGAGGACACGUCUACCCCGGGGAGGCGUUCCGGGUGCCCGUCUCCGACCACUCUCUGCACCUCAGCAAGGCGAAAAUCUCUAAACCCGCGCCGAAAUGGGAGGGUACAGCCGUCAUCAACGGAGAGUUUAAAGAACUAAAACUCUCAGACUACAAGGGCAAAUACCUGGUCUUCUUCUUCUACCCUCUGGACUUUACGUUCGUCUGUCCCACUGAGAUCAUCGCCUUCAGCGACCGAGUUCACGAGUUCCACGCCAUCAACGCAGACGUGGUGGCCUGUUCCGUCGACUCGCAGUUCACACACCUGGCCUGGAUUAACACACCCAGGAAGCAGGGAGGUCUCGGACCAAUGAAAAUCCCCCUCCUGUCUGACCUCACACACCAGAUCUCCAAAGACUAUGGAGUCUAUCUGGAGGACCAAGGACACACACUCAGGGGGUUGUUUAUUAUCGAUGAUAAGGGAACACUUCGUCAGAUCACGAUGAACGAUCUGCCGGUCGGACGCUCUGUAGACGAAACUCUCAGACUGGUGCAGGCCUUCCAAUACACCGACAAACACGGAGAAGUUUGUCCGGCUGGAUGGAAGCCUGGCAGCGACACGAUCAUUCCUGAUCCCUCUGGAAAGCUGAAGUACUUUGAUAAGCUGAACUGAUGAUCUGUGUGUUUGUUGGGGUUUAUAGUCGUCGUUUGUGAAACACAGAAUAAACGGAGGGUUUUGAUAGAACUAAA